AGCGGCACGCGCACAGUCCAAACAUCAAACACAGGUGAUAGCUAUACAUACGCAUGGCAUCGAAUUCGCAAGUCUGGAUGGCCUGGCAGCGAAUCCCAGCUGGCCAUUUCAGCCCAGGUGAGCAAAGAAGCGCGACCCAGGAAUUACGAUAAGAGCAGGCAUGUGCAUCAGACAGAAAAAGAACUGUCCGUUACUACAGCCCAGACAAAGGAUUGCCAACAAAAGCCUAUUAACUGAAACGCACUGCCUCUUGAAGAUGUGGGAGUGGCUAUUGUACUUUGACAGUCAUGCUCUCCCUGAGACAUCGAGUCAGGGCCAUGAUCCAGUGACCGCACCUCCUCCUCUCUGUUCGCCGCUCGAAAAUCAAAGGGCUGAUGGCAGGGAGGGGAGGGCAGGGAGGGGGGUUGCUACAGGACAGCAACAACGAGCAAGAAUGGCAGCCAGGCGAAAUAUUUUCUCUCUCCGCUCCUUCCUCAGAUAUAAAUGCUCAUUCGCGGCCAGGGAGAAAAGCAGUUCUGCCCAACACUUUUUUAGUCAAUUCUCUAUCAUCGAGCAGGCGGCUAUUCCUCUUCUACUCUUCAAACAGCCUUCCCAUUGCCUCCCACUCCCUAUUUCUGGUUCCAGUGGUCUAUUGAUUUCUUUUUCCAAAUUCGUUUCCGAUAUCCGUAUUGCCUACCAGCCAUGUGCACCACCAACAGUAACGCGCAGUUGUGCUCCACAACACUGCAAGCCAUAUCCCGGCCGGGGCCGAGCCGGCCAGAGUUGGAUGGGUCUGUGAUAAUUGCUGCAAUAUCUACUACAAUUUCGAAGAAGUUGCCAACCACCAGAACGUGUGCACUGCGCGCUAAGCACUCCUUUUGUUUGAUUCGCAGCUACCACGAGUUGUGCAUUUAGCCCCUUUA